AUGUCGCGAGUAGCUUUAAGAGCGUCUAUUCUACAGACAGGUGCUACUAGAGGUGUAAUGGGAGUGCGAACGUAUAUGCUGCCCACGGAGAUCAAGGCAAGUCGACAUGAGUACACGGCAUCGGCGACAGCGAACAAGGGCGGGCGCGCCGGAACUGUCGUGAUUAACCACGACGCACAACCACCCCUCAACACGACUAUCAACCUCAGCGCGCCAAAGGAAAUGGGUGGACCAGGAACCGGCUCAAACCCAGAACAACUCUUUAGCGCAGGAUACGCGGCUUGCUACUUGACGGCGCUCAACGCGUGCGCAAAGAGUGCCGGUAAGACACCCGAGCAGCUCGAGAAGCUGAGUGUCGAGGUCAAGACGAGUAUUGGACCAACAGAUGUGCAAAAGGAUGGCAAGGGAUACGCAUUGGUGCUAGAGGUCAUCGUCAAGGGUCUUGAUGAAGGCGGCGAGGAGAUUGCGCAUGCGGCGCAUCAGAUGUGUCCUUAUUCGCGCGCGCUCAACCACGGUGUCAAGUCGACGACAACGAUUUCCUAG